AUCAUGCCCGUGCAGCACGACUUUUAUGAUCCCGGCGAAAGAAUUCCUUCAUACGAGUCUUCCCAGGAACAGCACUCCCAUGUUCCCAGCGAAAGAGUGAGAGACGCCACGACGAGCCCUGCACGUGACGAGAAACGGUCGUUGAAAACAUUGGGCCUCAAGUUCCUCAAUGCACGCCAGCAUCUUUUGCUCGCUGCAUGCCGAGACUUUUCCCUAAUACCGUGUGUUUUGGGAUUAUUUCAGUCGUGGUGGCUGUUUUUGAAGAGCGUCGAGCUCGAGCAAACCGCCACUUCUGGCAUCACUGCCGCACGCACGUCGGAGCAUUUCCUCACUGGAAUGUGGUGCUUGGUAGCUGGCUACCUUCUGUACUCUGUUCUUGAUGGUCUCAUGGUGCGCUGGAUUGUCACCUACACAACCACCGGGUCAAUUGUGCGCAUGGCCACGAUGUCUGCUAUCCUUGUUGCAAUCGAGCAAUACUUGGUAGCUGCAUUUUCGGCCGAGGGGUAUAACUAUGCGCUUCAUACAUGGAUUCUCAUCAGUUGUGCUCUCACACUUCUUUACAUUGGACAAAAUUUUGUGACUUCGAAUGUCGAUCUCAAGGGAAAGUAUAGGCCGCGGUUCUUCGAUUUCUAUAACAUAGUGGUUUUUGCCGUGGUUCCUGUGGGAAUGGCCAGUUUCAUCACUAUGAUCGGUUUGUUGCGAUCCUUGCUCAUAUUGAGAUUGGAUAUAGAUCACCAA